AUGGCUGAAGAGGAUGUUCAGCCCCUUGUGUGUGACAAUGGCACUGGAAUGGUCAAGGCAGGUUUCGCUGGUGACGACGCACCGAGAGCUGUCUUUCCUAGCAUUGUAGGCAGGCCACGCCACACUGGUGUGAUGGUGGGCAUGGGCCAAAAGGAUGCAUAUGUGGGCGAUGAAGCUCAGUCCAAAAGAGGUAUUCUGACACUGAAGUACCCAAUCGAGCACGGUAUUGUUGGCAACUGGGAUGACAUGGAGAAGAUCUGGCACCACACCUUCUACAAUGAGCUUCGUGUGGCACCUGAGGAGCACCCUAUACUGCUGACUGAGGCUCCUCUGAACCCCAAGGCAAACAGGGAGAAGAUGACCCAGAUUAUGUUCGAGACAUUCAACUGCCCAGCAAUGUAUGUGUCCAUCCAGGCCGUUCUUUCCCUGUACGCCAGUGGUCGAACAACUGGUAUUGUGCUCGACUCUGGUGAUGGUGUGAGCCACACUGUCCCCAUCUACGAAGGGUACACACUUCCUCAUGCUAUUCUUCGAUUGGACCUUGCUGGUCGUGACCUUACCGACAACCUGAUGAAGAUCCUUACUGAGAGGGGUUACUCCUUCACAACGACCGCCGAGCGAGAAAUUGUCAGGGACAUCAAGGAAAAACUUGCCUACAUUGCCCUUGAUUAUGAACAGGAGCUGGAGACUGCCCGGACCAGCUCCACCGUUGAGAAGAGUUACGAGCUGCCCGAUGGCCAGGUUAUCACAAUCGGUGCAGAAAGGUUUAGGUGCCCUGAGGUGCUAUUCCAGCCAUCCUUCAUUGGCAUGGAAUCUCCUGGCAUCCAUGAAGCCACGUACAACUCCAUCAUGAAGUGUGACGUCGAUAUCAGAAAGGAUCUGUACGGUAAUGUUGUCCUCAGUGGUGGCUCCACUAUGUUCCCUGGUAUCGGUGACCGCAUGAGCAAGGAGCUCACUGCACUUGCCCCCAGCAGCAUGAAGGUGAAGGUGGUUGCUCCCCCGGAGAGGAAGUACAGUGUUUGGAUUGGUGGCUCCAUUCUGGCCUCCCUCAGUACCUUCCAGCAGAUGUGGAUCUCCAAGGCAGAGUAUGAUGAAUCUGGUCCAGGCAUCGUCCACAUGAAGUGCUUCUGA